AUGGCGGCGGCAGCGCGAAAGCACGGAAGCCUCGACGACGACGGAGGAGAAGAAAAAGAAGCAGGCGCGGUUCUCCAUGGCGACGUCCUCGAGCUCACGCUCUCGCACGUGCCCCUCGUCGACCUCGUCCCCGCCGCCCGCGUCUCCCGCUCCUGGAGCCUCGCCGUCUCCUCCUCCCUCCGCCACCUCCGCCGGCCCCGGCCGUGGCUCCUGGUCCACUACCAGAGCCCGCGGCCGCCCCACGCCGUCUCAUCGCGCGCCUACGACCCCCGCUCCCGUGUCUGGAUGGAUCUGGAGGCCGGCCCCGGCGCCGCGGCGGCGAAGCUGCUGGCGUCGGCCCCCCUCCGGUCGUCGCACUCGGCGCUGCUCUACGGAGUCUCCCCGGCGCGGCUCUCCUUCUCGCCUGACCCCCUCCACCUGACGUGGCGCCACGCGAGCCCUCCCUCCGCGUGGCGGGUCGACCCGGCCGUCGCCCUCGUCGGCAGCCGCCUCGUUGUCGCCGGCGGCGCCUGCGACUUCGAGAACGACCCCCUCUCCGUCGAGGUCUACGACACGCGGGCCGGCACGUGGAGCGCGUGCGACCCCAUGCCCGCCCCGCUCAAGGACUCCUCCGCAUCCCUGUGGCUUUCCGUCGCCGCCGACGGCCGGAGGAUGUACGUCAUGGAGAAACUGACCGGCGCGACCCACGUGUUCGAUCCGGAGGCAGGGGCGUGGUUCGGGCCGUACGACUUGCGCCCGGACCGCGACGUCUUCUACUCCAUCAUCGGCUUCUCCGGCGACCGCCUUGUCAUGGCGGGGCUCCUGGGCAAUUCGGAGGACCUGAAGGGCGUGAAACUGUGGGGAUCGAUGACGGUCGAGGCGGACGGGCUCGAAGAGAUCUGCGACAUGCCGGAGGAAUUGGUGAAGGAAUUGCGAGACGACAAUUGCUGCGUUUCGUCCAUCGGCAUGUGCUUGAGCGGCGAUUUUCUGUACCUGUACAGCAACUCGAAGCCCGAGCUCGUGUUCUGGUGCGAAAGGGAAGUCGAAUCGGGGGCGUGGAGGUGGGGGCCGCGCGCGACGCAGCGGCGAGAGGCCGGAGCCUGGGCAAGAGGGUGGCGUACACCUGCGCCGAAGUCGGGAUCGGGGAGCUGCGGGAGGCGGCGGCGACCGGGAACGGGAGGUUCGUGGUGA